UCGCCGCGCCGACCGACCGACGCGUACGCCGCCGUAGCUAACCGAGGCAUUACGCAGCGAUCGCAGAUUGCGGCCCCGGUAGCACAAUGGUCGCAUGAGGAGGGGUGUAACGUUCCAGCGUCCGGAAAAUUUUGUCCAAAAGUUUUCUCACGAAACUUGUCCAGAUGCAUGCGCGCUGAGUUACCUUACUCAGUAAUACGUUUCUAUGGCUCAUUCUUACUUUCGUUUAAGUCGUCAUUAUAUAAUAAUAAUUCAAAUAUUAAGCACUUAAUCGUACUUUAAAAUUACGUACAUAUAUAUAUAAAAAUCAUAUAUUACAUAUAUGUAUACUUUAAGUUAUCUAGCAUUAUUUUAACUCUCUUAUCGGUACGAACGCAUAGGCAAUCGGAUCGUUUAAACUUCUAAAUUCUUACUCUCGUAUUGCUUAUGGGUUCGUCGAGGAUUAAUUAACUGUAAGAUAAAUAAGAACCGGAUAUUUGUAAAGGCCCUUGCACGUGCACUGUCGGAUGAUUAAAGAAAUGAUAUCUCGUCAACUGAAUCCUCAAAGAUUCAAACGGAACGGUUCUAAAACAAAAUCUGCUAUUAUCAACACGACGGCGACAGGAUGUCGCGCCUAAAGAAAUACAAUACGAAAUUAAUCCGCGUAAUAUCCGGACUGCGUGUCGGAAGAUCAGGUGAACCAUAGCUAGGCAUUUAACAUAAACAGUUCGUAAGAUAUAUCCAUUUCACGUUGGCGACGAGAUGUCGCGCCCAAGAAAUAAUUAAGAUUGAUAAACCGGCGAGAUAUUUGGUAGUGAAAGCGAUCCUAGCCGAAAAGUAUCCCGGAUCAAAUGAUCGACGAAAUCCUAGACGAGAUAUCUCCGAUAAACAUCCGCACACGUGCAAACGGUCUCACGCGCCUUAUCAGCGACCCCCGAAACUCGGUUCCCGCCAAGCCGCCGAAUCACUCCCACUCUUACCGACUCUUGCGCUUCGCGCGUGUUCCCUACUCCGGAGCGCUAGCGGCCGCUGAGCGCAGCGCCGAUUUUGCUCGAUCCCUUUGUCCGCGCCCUAUUUAAACCCGCGCACAGACGCCGGAUCAUUCAUUCAUUUCACUCAGUAUUUUUUCGACACUCGUUCAGUACCAAUUCAGCGAUUAAGUCAGUCCUUAGUUCUCGGUCACGCGUCACUCUUCAAUCUUCAAGUUAUCUGCAACCUCUCUCGUACUUCGCGAUCAACUCAUUGUUAAUUAAGUUAACCAGUGCGUGCUCCGACAGACUGCUAUCACCAACAUAUCUCUGCGACCAUCUUCAACUGUCAACCCACAUCAACCAUUUAACUAUUAGUGGACCAAACUAUUGCUUCAAACUAUAUUAUAACUCGUACAACCCUCUCCCCUCCCUUGUGCCGCGAUGAAUUCUACAACACCUAAAACCAUCAAGAAGAAUCGCCACCGCGCUGGGAAAAAGAAAAGAGCAAAAAUCCUCAAGGCUCAACAAAAAGCCCUAGAGCGGGCUUUCGAGGAGAUUGAGAAUUUCGUGGGCUACCCGCUGGAACACACCCCCCUUCCUCCUCCAGUCACAGACGCUCCGCCAGGAAGAGCAAUCUCUUCCCUUGAUCUGUUCCAAGAAGACACCGUCCCUUUGGAAAACUAUAACCAGUUAACGUCUAACGCGCCCGAAAUAAUCACGCUUAGCGAUUCCGAUCACGAUUCUCCGGAGUUGGAACCUUUAGAUCCAACUGCGGAAUACCAUAGCGAUGCAGUAGCACAGAUUAUUAUAUUUCCUCCAGAGAAUUAAAUAAUACAUGUAAUAAUCCUAUACGUUGUUUUAUUAAUAAAUAUAUACAUAUAUAUAUA